AUGGCUGCUAGACUUUCGAGAAGCCUGCUUCAGGCUAAUUGCCGCCGUAUCGCCGCCCCUGCUCUGCGCGCGACACCUCGCGCCGCCAUUGCCAGUGCCAGUGCCGGUUUCUUGGCCCGCCGUAAUGUCCGGAGCACCGCCGCCGCGCCUUGGACUUCCCGCGUCCCACAGGUGAACAUCGCCCGGUAUGCUCAUACGGAGUCUGGCCCAUCCGCAGAGCAACAGGGUGCCAUUCCCUCUGUCGUCGAGGUGAAAGGGAACCCCGUCACUGAGAGACACUGGACGAGCCAGGAGUUGCCAAUCGUGGAUGCCUUGAUCGAGCCCCAGACUAUCCACCACUUCAUUGAAUUCCUCGCAUCUGGCGUUCUGCCUAAUGGAAAGAAAACCGAUUUGGCUUUGCUCAAUCGAGAUGAGAUUGACCUUUUCAUGGCCCCAAGUGCCGAGUGGGCGCCCGCUCCGUUCAACAAGAGCGACCUCCCGGCUAUAUACAACAUGAUGAGCCGUAUCCUGAGCGUGGAGUCCAACGCACUCUGUCAGGUUGGAUUCAAUAUCCACUCAGCAAAGAAUCGCCUGUGGGAGGGCCUUGUUCCGGUCUCCGCCGAGCGAUGGCUCCAGAAGGAUCUCAACAACCCCGCCAAUUUCGACAUUGCACAUGAAUACCUGACGUCUGUGAUUGCUGUUUUUGAGUACCUGAACAUUGGGCCGCUGCGUAACAAAAUGCGCGACUCGUUUAACCGGAUGUCGGAUGAUUUGCAAGCCAUGCAGGAUGCGCUGAAUGCCCGGCGUAAGGCGCAAACCCCCUCUCUCCCGGAGAUCAACCUACCAGCCCUCUGGAUGGAAUUCUUCCACGCAAAAUACGAGGUUAUAACUAGCACCUCCCAUUCUUGGGUUCUGGCUCGCCUUGCUGAGAUGCGGGGGCGUUUGGUAAACGAGUUGAUGGCUCUCUCGCCCGAUGAUACAGACAGCCCGGAAUUCAAAAAGUUUACGGAGCGGUGGCAGGCUCUUAUCGGAGUCGGUUUAAUGGCUGAUUUGAACAUCUGGAUGUUCAUGGAAGGGUAUAACGGCUACCAAGCCCCAUCCGAGGUCGUUGCUGGACUACACCAGCCCGACCUAAAGAACCUUGACGUAAACUCGGACCUCAACAGCCUCAUGUGGGAGCGGCUAACACAGCGCAUUGAGGCCCAGGAUGAGGCAGCAAAGGUUCACGGCCCAGAAGUGAAAAACCUCGAGCCGGCCCGCCGUGAGCGCAUCUCUGUCACCACAGAAGUCCAGGAUGAACUGCGGACAAAGAUCCGCGGCGCGUCGCCGCCCCAGCCGCCAUCUGCAGCCCCUUGGAUCCAGCUCGUCCUUCGGAGCCAGCAGUCAAUCUUGCGACAGCCUGAAUCGGAAAGGGCGAGGUAUGGCUUCGGCCUGGCGAUUUAUCGCUCAGCGUACGACGUGUCUGAUGAGCAGUGGGAGACGCUACGUCGGGACGUGGAAGCCCAUCUUUCCGCUUGGGGAAAUGGGGUGCCGGGAGCCGACGAAGUCAAGCCCCUGUUCAAGCUACACUGGUUUGAGUGCAAGGAUCUUGGUGUCGACACCAAUGAUUCGCCAGCUGUAGUAGAGGCUGCAAAGAAGCACUUCCAAGAAAUCCGGAGCUCGGGCGAGUACGAGCGUAAGAUUGACGGCUCUGCUUUCCUCCUGGUCGACCCUUGGACAGUAGCAUCAUAUACAAACAAGGAUGCCGUCCCUCUCGCGACUGAGCCAGGAAACCUCCCGGGCGACUUCCAGCCCCAUGUCCUAGCCGUUGAUGCAGACUUUAAACCCCGAGCCACCCCCGAAACCGAAAAGAAAGACGAAAGCGCCAAGUCCGAGACCGAGGCCGACGCGGACAAGCAAUCUCCGCCCCCUGAAUACCAAGGCCACGUUCGCAUUCAAGGGAACCUUGUCUGGAGCGAGCUGUACCCAUUGCUAUCGUCAAAGUCAGCGGAGCUAGAGCGCCUGUGGCCGUUGGCUAGGGAGCAUCCAGAGAAGGUCUACACGGGCUUGACGGUACCGAGCCAGGUAGCACCGUGGAAAGAGCACAAUUCCCUGAAGAGGUUUAUGGCCGACGGCUUUACGGAUUUUCUGAAGAACAAGGAUCCUAAGGCGGCUGAGACACUUGAGCGGAUGAGAAAGUCGGGUACUACUAGUCUUUGA